GUGGUGCAGGAGGUUGUUGGCUUCCUGCACCGCCUGGCAGCCAGCAAGGACUGCGCAGUGGUGAUGUGCCGUGUGGGCACCCGCGAGGCUCUGUCCAAAGCCCUGGACAAGCACAGCAUGGCCCCGUCGCUGGCGCCAGCCCUGCUCGACCUGGUGAUUGACUGUGAGAAGUAUGCCAGCCUCUACAAGAAGCUGACGACCAGCAUCUUGGCUGGCUGCAUCCAGCUGGUCCUGGGGCAGAUUGAGGAGCACCGCCGGAGCCACCAGCCCAUCAGCAUCCCCUUCUUUGAUGUCUUUCUGCGCAACCUGUGCCGAGGCUCCAGCGUGGAGGUGAAGGAGGACAAGUGUUGGGAGAAGGUGCAGGUCUCCUCCAACCCCCACCGGGCCAGCAAGCUCACGGACAGGAACCCCAAGACCUACUGGGAGUCGAAUGGCAGCACCGGCUCCCACUUCAUCACUGUCCACAUGCAGCAUGGUGUGGUGGUCAGGGAGAUGAGCAUGCUGGUGGCCAGCGAGGACUCCAGCUACAUGCCGGCCCGUGUCGUGGUGCUGGGGGGAGACAGCCCUGCCACCAUCAGAACUGAGCUCAAUGUGGUGACCGUCCUGCCCUCAGACAGCAGAGUGAUCCUGCUGGAGAACAUGACCCGCUUCUGGCCCAUCAUCCAGAUCCGAGUGAAGCGGUGCCAGCAGGGCGGCAUUGACACACGUGUGCGUGGCAUCGAGGUGCUGGGUCCCAAGCCCACUUUCUGGCCCAUCUUCAAGGAGCAGCUGUGUCGGCGGACGUUCCUCUCCUGCACUGCUCGGGCUCAUGCCUGGUGCCAGGAGAUCUGCCAGGACCGGGGGCGACUGCUGCAGCUCUUUGGCAGGCUGAACCGGGCACUGCAGCAUGAGCAGGGCUUCGCCGACCGCUUUCUUCCUGACGACGAGGCAGCCCAGGCCUUGGGCAGGACGUGCUGGGAGGCCCUGGUGAACCCCUUGGUGCAGAGCAUCACCAGCCCAGACCCCCACGGCAUCAGCCCUCUGGCCUGGUUGCUGAGCGAGUACCUGGAGAGCGUGGAGCCGCCACACCACGCCACAAGCCGCGGUGCUGUCUUUGGUUCCUGUGUGCGGCGCCUGACCCAGCUCCUGGUGCACGUGGACCCUGGUAGCCCAGAGCCAGAGGAGGCAAGAGCAGCUGGUGGGAAGGAGAGGAAGAACAAGGAGGUGCCGGCCAGGGCUGCGAAGAUGGUGGAGGAGUCGCGCGGCCUGUGGGGCAUCUCGCAGUGCUGGCGUGGCGUGGUGCAGCAGCAGGUGAGUGAGCAGUUUGCCCGCUACCUCGAUGGGAAGAUCCAGGAGCUCUAUGGGGCUGCUGGCAGUGCAGGGCCGCUGGAGCAGAUCCUGGAGCCCUUCGUUGUCUUCAGUGGCCUGGAGCUCGCCCACACCUUCGAGCACUUCUACCGGCACUACCUGGGGGACCGGCUCCUGGCGCAAGGGCCGUCUUGGCUGGAAGGAGCCAUCGUGGAGCAGAUCGGGCUGUGCUUCCCCAGCCGCUUCCCCCAAGAGAUGCUGAGCAACUUGGCUGAGUCAGAGGAGCUCCAGCAGCAGUUUUACCUCUUCCAGCUGCAGGAGCAGGACAAGCAGCUGCUGGAGCUGGACACGGGCCUGGAUGAGGCACUGGGGACGGCCUCGGUGGCAGAUGUGCCGGAGGUGAAGGUGCUGGCCCUGUCCCCGCGCUGCUGGCCCAUUUCCCCGUUCUGCUACAUGGAUGAACCUGGGAGGUUUUUCUCGGCGGCCCUGAGCUCCCCCCUGGAUGAGUUUGCCAACUUCUGCAGGCGGAGCCCGGGCCAGCUGGGCUGGGAGUGCACGAAGCCCCGGCGGUUGCAGUGGACGUGGCUGGGCCAUGCCGAACUGCAGUUUGGCGACUGCGUCCUCCAUGUGUCCACGCUGCAGAUGUACAUCCUGCUGUGCUUCAACAGCACCAAGGAGGUAGCUGUGGAGGCCCUGCUGCAGGCUACGGGGCUCCCUGCUGACCUGGUGCACCACGCCCUGACACCGCUGACCCACGGUGAGGGCGUCCUGGUGUGGAGCUGCACGCCGAGAGCUCCAGGUGUGCUGCGGCUGAACCAGGCAGCCCUGGCCCAUGCCUCUGGCCGCCACCUGAGGCUGCUGCCCCAGCAGAGGUACCUGCAGGCGGAGAGGGCUGAGGUCAGCGCGCUGGAAAGGAAGAGGAACAUUCUCUGCUGCCUCAUCACCCGCAUCCUCAAGGUGGAGAAGCAGCUCCACGUUGACAACCUGGUGUUUAAGGUGAUUGAUGCCUGCCAGAAGGGUGAAUUGGGUCCAGGGCUGCAGUUCCUGAGCUUCUGCUGCCACAGUGUGGAUGUGCUGUCCUGUGUCCUGCACCUGUUGAACCAGGGCUAUCUCCGGCGCCAGGAGGAGAGGCCUCAUGUCUUG